AUGGCAGUAAUCCAGGACGAAGCCCACUCUCCGAGAGCGGAGCCUUCGCCAGAUGUCGAGGAGGAUAUGAGCAUUGGCCGGUAUUUUGCUACGCGUAUCCCGACCUUAGUUCCUCCGAUGAAUAAGGCUCCAAACCCCUUCCAAGCUCUCAUGCUUCUCAACUGCCAGCAGUGGCUAUUUUUCUGGGUCGCAUUUCUGGGAUGGAGCUGGGAUGCUUUCGACUUUUUCACCGUUUCUUUGACCACUACCGAGCUUGCUGAACAGUUUGACAAAUCGGUCACCGAUAUCACAUGGGGAAUCACAUUGGUGUUGAUGCUUCGAUCGGUGGGCGCAAUUACAUUUGGCAUUGCCGCCGAUCGAUGGGGCCGUAAGUGGCCGUUUGUGGUCAAUCAGCUUCUCUUUGUUGUCCUUGAGCUGGGCACCGGGUUCUGUCAGACGUACAAGCAGUUUCUGGCGUGUCGCUCUUUGUUUGGAAUUGCCAUGGGUGGUCUUUACGGUAACGCCGCUGCGACUGCGCUAGAGGAUUGCCCAGCAGAGGCGCGUGGUAUUGUUUCUGGCUUGCUUCAGCAGGGCUAUGCUUUUGGCUAUCUUUUGGCAACCGCCUUUGCCCGUGGCUUAGUUGGUACUACCUCACAUGGGUGGCGGCCGCUGUAUUGGUUUGGUGCAUGCCCACCCGUCCUCAUUAUUGCCUUCCGUUUGUGCCUGCCUGAGACAGAAACUUUCCGUCGUCGACAGGAGACACGGGAGGCAGUCAGUGGUGGUGUAGCGCAGUCGUUCCUCGCCGAAGGCAAAGUGGCCCUCAAGCGCCACUGGCUGUUAUUGAUUUACCUGGUUCUCCUGAUGGCCGGGUUCAACUUUAUGUCACAUGGCUCCCAGGAUCUCUAUCCAACGAUGCUGAAGAGUCAAUUCAACUUCUCUGAGAAUGCAGUCACCGUCACCCAGGUUGUUGCGAACUUGGGCGCAUUGUCAGGAGGCACAAUCUGUGGAUGGGCCAGUCAGAUCUUCGGCCGUCGAUUCUCCAUUAUCGUCAUCAGCAUCGUAGGCGGCGCGCUGCUCUACCCAUACACCUUCACCACUACUCACUCCGUCAUAGCCGCUGCAUUCUUCGAACAGUUCAUGGUGCAGGGAGCGUGGGGAGUCAUUCCUGUGCAUCUGAUGGAAUUAUCACCGGGACCCAUCCGGACCUUUGCCGUUGGCACAGCCUAUCAGCUUGGCAAUUUGGUUUCAUCCGCGAGUUCGACUAUUGAAUCAACCAUUGGUGAACGGUUCCCACUCCCACCAUCUUCUACAGGCACCAAGCGCUACGAAUAUGGCAAGGUGAUCUGUAUCUUUAUGGGAUGUGUCUUUGCCUAUACUAUCCUUAUCACCCUGGUCGGUCCAGAGCGCCUGGGCCGGAACUUUGAUGCCGAACACGAUGCCGAUUUGGCGGUUGUUGCGGCCCACCGGGGUAUAGACAGGAUCGAUGAAAGUGACCCGGAGAAGGCAGCGACAUUGCGCAAGGAGUAG